AAUAUUACAAUGCAGUAGAAACAAGAGCUGAACAUUUUAAUGGUCUACGUGACCAGGUCUAUAUAUUUGCUAUCCAUAACUCAUCUGCCAACCCAGAAACAUUAACAAUGGGAAACUUGUUUAACAGAGAAGCCACUCCUUUGCCUAUUGAAACAACCUUCAAGCUCCAAACUCAAAUUACCACUUGGUCUCAAGGAACUGAUGGCUUCGGAAGUGGAACCAUUGAUCUCGGAGGCCUGCAAGUGAGACAAAUCACAACAUUUAACAAGGUCUGGGCUACAUCUCAAGGUGGUCCUGAUAAUCUUGGUGCAACCUUUUAUGAACCGGCUUCAGUUCCAGAUGGUUUCUUUAUGCUCGGAAGCUACAGCCAAUCCAACAACAAGCCACUUUAUGGAUCGGUUCUGGUGGCCAAAGAUAUCACAACUGCUGAAUCCGGAAAUGCCAAGAUUUUGGAGAAGCCUGUUGACUAUACACUUGUAUGGAGCAAUCAGGGUGGAAAUGGAUACAUAUGGCUUCCAACGCCACCUGAGGGCUACAAAGCCCUCGGGCACGUUGUCACUUCCUUAUCGGAGAAGCCAUCGGUUGAUAAAAUCCGAUGUGUCCGAUCCGAUUUCACGGAGGUGAGUGAGACUGAUGCAUGGAUAUGGGGAUUAAAGAAGGAGGUUGAUCCAAGUGGAUUCAAUGUGUAUGGAUCAAAACCAGCUACAAGAGGGACCCAGGGUGUAGGUGUGCCAGUAGGUACAUUUAUAGUCCAAAAUAAUGGGACUGCAGCUUUGUUAGGAUGCUUAAAAAAUGUGCAGCCUGAUUUUUCAGCCAUGCCUAAUCUAGAUCAAAUUCAAACCCUGAUGAAAAAUUACUCCCCACUAGUGUAUUUUCAUCCUGAUGAGGAAUACCUCCCCUCUUCACUCAAAUGGUUUUUCGAAAAUGGGGCAUUACUAUAUACCAAAGGGGAUGAAUCGAGCCCCAUUCCUAUCGAGCCCCCUGCGGGCUCCAACCUUCCUCAAGGGGGCUCGAACGAUGGGGCAUACUGGAUAGGCCAACCGAGUAAUGGGAGCUUGAGAAAAGGCAAUUUGGGUAGUGCAGAGUCUUAUGUGAAUGUUAAGCCCAUGUUUGGGGGCACAUUCACUGAUCUAGCUAUAUGGAUUUUCUAUCCUUUCAAUGGAGCGGCCAGGGCCAGUGUGGCAGGGGUGCCCAUCCCAUUAGGCCAAAUCGGGGAGCACCAGGGCGACUGGGAACACGUCACAUUACGGAUCAGUAACUUCAGUGGUGAACUACGCAGCCUCUAUUUAUCCACACACUCGAAUGGCACUUGGGCUAGUGCUCCGGAGCUUGAAUUCCAGAGCAGUAACAAGCCCGUGGUGUAUGCGUCGUUGCACGGGCAUGCAUUGUAUGCAAAACCAGGACUUGUUUUACAGGGAAGUGGGGGAAUUGGGUUGAGAAAUGACACAGCCAAAGGUAAAAAUGUGAUGGACACAGGGGAAAGGUUUCAGGUUGUUUCAGGGGAAUACUUGUCCAUUGUGGAGCCAGCGUGGGUGAAUUAUUACAGAGAAUGGGGUCCAAGAAUUACUUAUGACCUUGCCACUGAGAUAAACAAAGUUCAGCAAAGUUUUCCAGAGAAUUUAAGAAGUUCAUUUGCAAGUUUUGUUAAAAGUUUGCCAGCUGAAAUAUUGGGGCAAGUUGGACCAACUGGGCCUAAAAUGAAGAGCAGCUGGAGUGGUGAUGAGAAGGUUUGAUAAUGUUAUAUUCAUUAGUCCGGUUAGUUCUUCCGAUUAAUUCCCGAAUCACCGAUUAGUCUGUCGAAGGCACCCGACCGCCCUGGACCGUCUAUGGAGUUUUAGAACACUUGUUUUAGUGCUAUUUCAUAAUACUCAUUGUAAUAUGGACCUUGUUGUAUCUGCUUUUGGCCUGAUCAAUAAACUUUCGUUUAUUAUAAAA